AUGUCACUGGAGGAGAAAGUCGUGGAUGUCCCUAAAUCGGGUACUAGUUGCAGCUCUCGCUGUUCAAGUUCCAGACAGGAUUCUGAGAGCACAAGGCCAGAAUCUGAAACAGAAGAUGUGCUAUGGGAAGACUUGUUACAUUGUGCAGAAUGCCGAUCAUCUUGUACCAGUGAGACAGAUGUGGAAAAUCCUCAUAUUAAUCCAAGUGUGAAAAAAGAAUAUAGAGACGAUCCUUUCCAUCAGAGUCAUUUGCCCUGGCUCCAUAGCUCCCACCCAGGACUAGAAAAAAUCAGUGCUAUCGUGUGGGAAGGUAACGACUGUAAGAAGGCAGACAUGUCUGUACUUGAAAUCAGUGGAAUGAUAAUGAACAGACGUCGAGGUCCUCAGCGAUCAGUUGAUGUAAUAGUUUCCUCUGCUUUCUUGUUGACUAUCUCAGUUGUGUUUAUCUGUUGUGCCCAGUUGCUUCAUGUGCAUGAGAUCUUCCUUGAUUGUCACUACAAUUGGGAACUGGUAAUCUGGUGCAUCUCGUUAACACUUUUUCUGCUAAGAUUUGUUACUCUUGGAUCAGAAACAAGUAAAAAAUAUAGCAAUACCUCAAUAUUACUAACAGAACAGAUAAACCUAUACUUGAAAAUGGAGAAGAAACCUAACAAAAAAGAGGAACUGACACUGGUGAAUAAUGUUUUAAAACUGGCUACUAAACUGCUAAAGGAAUUGGACAGUCCCUUUAGAUUAUAUGGGCUUACAAUGAAUCCACUCCUUUAUAACAUCACGCAGGUUGUCAUCCUGUCAGCCGUUUCUGGUGUUAUCAGUGACUUGCUUGGAUUUAAUUUAAAGCUGUGGAAGAUUAAAUCAUGACAAUUCGGAGAAAAGGAGAUGUAGCCUCUUUUCCAGAAUAAAAGUACCAACUAAGCUGCUUGGAAGCAGCCACUGACUCUGCUUCGGAAGCCUCAGCUGGGAAAUCCAAGUGUUUACAUCAGACUGUCUUGUGCAAUUCUUAUAUUUAUUUUACCUGUUCACUGUUUUUUGGGGGGUUUUUUUACAUUUAUUUUAGUCUUUAUAUUUUAUUUGUAGCAUUGAUGUGCUUAGUUGUUGAUGAAAGGGUGAUAAAACUGAUAUCCAGAUACUUGAGAUCCUGGUAAUUGCUCACAAAUAAUUGACAAAACAACAACUCGUGAGAAUAGAAGCCAUUGCUAAACACUGUUUCUCCAUCGAUGCCGUGAACUUGCCUUAUUCGAGGAAAACGUCUUUAACUUUGGAAUAUCGCAUUGAACUCUGCUAGACACAUGAAACAUUUUUUCUUCAGUAAAUCAAGAUCCAGUCAGGGUUUCUUUUGAAUUAUUUUGGAACAAUGCCAGGAUCUAAACUGAUUAAGCUGCAGUGAAGCACCCUUCAGUAUUAAUAUAUAUGGUAUUACAUAACAGGUCAACAAAGUGCUCUUUGAUGAUAAAACUCUUAAUAGAGCAAUAAUUGUAAAUGGUUACCAUACUGUAAGAUAUUUUGAUAAAAAUUUACUAGUAAUAAUUGUAUUUAUUUGAAACACUGGGCUGUUUGCACAGCUCUAACUGUGCAUGCUCAAAAUGUGCACUUUUAAAAAUUGUUACUUUUAAUGCGUAUGUUUAUAUGGGAUAUGUUAUAGUGUACUAGGGCAUGAUAUGGUAUCCUUUUGAGUGAGGUAUAUACUCAUCUCACAAGUGAAGUGCCUACUGAUAUUACUGAAGUACAUUAUGUUUACUCAAGUAUAAUAAUUUUCUCCCCAUGGUACACUAUAGUGUAUGCUGUUCAUACCACACUCAAAUGAACAACUUGACAGUAAGGUUAACAACCAAUAAGAUACUCCUCUGAUUGAUAGUUAUGAAAAUACUGUAUAUCCAAAUUUUCAGAAAAAGACAGCUUCAGCUUGCAAAUUCUAUCUUCUAAAGUUAAUCUGAUACAUCCCUCCCUCCCCUCUCCAAUUAUAUAAGGGCUAUUUUAGAUGCUUUUAACCUGGAAAGUUAACCACCCCCAUCCCCCCACCCCCAAAUAAUUUGCCAGGUGUCCAAAUGAGAACUUAUCAUGUUGGCAUGUUAGGUAAAUAAGGCAAAUAUGAUAGUAUCUUACAUUGGACCUUGAUUUUAAGUUGUUAUAUUUGUACAAUCAAUCAAGAAUAUUUUAGGAAAUAAAUGAGACAUGAAAUGUUUUUGCCAUUUUUUUAAAACUGAGCAUCUAGUUUCUAAAAUAGAAUUUAUUUGAACAAUCUAGAAUUUUUUGGUGCAAGAUGUAUUGUGUUUAAUAUCCUCACAUUUUUAAACCACAUUUUAGGGGAUUUAAAAUAAUUAGUUGUAAAUGACUUAUUUGAUUGGUGCAGUUCUAAUCCCCAAAUCAUAAUCUUAAGAUCAGGAAUGUGUAGAGAACAGAGCCAUGUCAUAAUAUCACUUUGCUCCUACCAUUCCUUUUGAUCAGCCUCAAUUCAGCCUCUAGUAUAUUUUCUUUCUGUAGAAAACAGCAAAAGCAUUUUGUUUUAUUUGCCUGUGUUCUAUGUUUAAUAAUGACCAAAGUGCAUUCUGAGUUUUUUCAAGGAAUGUAUUACUGGAGCUUUAAGAACAUACUUAUUUUCUCAUGUGAAUAAUUAGGCUGUGUCUGAUAUGUUUCUUCUUCCUCUAUUGUCUGAUGUUGAGGUUGUUUUUAGGAAUUAUAUUUUAUAAACUUUUUCAAAAUAAGGUACAUACCUAUACAGAACUUAACAUUUUGCACAGACUAUGUCAAAUAUAUUUUGAGAAAAAAAAGUACAGCAUGAGUUCUGUUAGGAAUAAAAGAUGAAACUAUUGUAUCUCACACACACAGAAACUUAUUUCAGAAUGGAAAUAUUUUUGAGAAAAGUAGCAGAGUAUCCUGAUUUAGGAAAAUGCUUGUUUUGGAUUGAAGUUGGUUUUAACUUAGAGGUGAAAGCUGAGUACCGUAUACCUCUCAACAACUUAUUAAUAAUAUGUUGAAUUAUUUCAUUAAUGUGGGCAGCAAUAGAAUUCUAAAGGGAAAAAGUUGUCAUUUUAAGCAACUUCAGAACAUUAAUGGAACUGUUUUCAAAGCAAAAAAAAUUGACAUUGCUGCCUUUAAAAAUACCAUGAAUGUAAGAAAUUGUAACAUAUCAUAAUAUAGAAAAGGCAGUUCAAAGAUAGAAUUGUGGCAGAUGUUGUGUGUUAACUGUUUUUUUGCCACAUGUGUGGUAUUUGAAAAUUUGAACAGCAAGUUUAAAAUAAAACAUUCUAUGACUGACAGUGUUAAAUUUAAACUGGAGGUGUUUUAAAAAAAAUUUUCAAGUCGUAUACAUGUCUAUGAUGAUUUUGUACUGACUAUAGCAUAAACUUUAGUUUUAACUAUUAUUUUGAGUGGAGUGGAAAUAAAUUUUUUAAAAUUUCCCAACAGUCAAAUUUUGUUAUGAUUAUCAGAACAUGAAAGCAUAAUACAUACAUGGACCUUUUAUUACCAG